AAAAUCAAUCUUGGAUAGUGCUGCCUGACGUGUUUCAUACCAACUGUUUGACUGUGUUUACACACUGAUUUUGACUACGGAUUACUCAGUGUACCUGAUCAAGAUAUAAUGCUCACGGCGGGUGUGAAGGGUCGACAAAGGGUGCUUACUCCUCCUAGGCACGUAAUUGCCACCUCUGGUAUAUCCUGGUGACCCUAUUUGUCCAACUCUUAUUUAUUUGUUCCUUUGAAUGAUCUGACAAUCUCCUUUCUACGUAAUGUCCAGAGGUGUUCCGAUUGCAGCAGGGGUUUUGCUGACGUGGGUCGUCAUAGGUUUGAUCGCCGAGAACAUCACACCUUUCAAAUGUCGCCAAGGAUUCGCCAAGGUCAGUCGCUGGUGCUUUUACUUUCAUACAGAGCCCACCAGUAUGUUGAACUCCAGCGAGAUCUGUUUUGAUCAAGGCGCACAUAUGGCUGUGUUGGAUUCAAAGGAAAAGGAAAAGGCCAUUACGACUUUCAUCGAAGACAUGAACUUUUUCAACUUAAUUCAAGAGAGAGACAAACUACAUCAAAUUGCAAGAAGCGACUGGGAUACUGAAAUUCAAAGGAGGGAGUUUUGUGAGGACUACAAGAUCCACGGUUUACAGAGUCCUAAAUAUAGGUUCAUCUCUAAUGCAAAGAUUCCUCUAGGUUCACCCCCACAUCACAGAGCAAACCUAACCACGCCUACUGGAUUCUCUGUCAAACUGUCCUCCAUUCCGGGUGCAGGGAUGGGCGCAUUUGCAGAUAUAUUCGUACCAAAAUACACGAUACUUGGCAUGUACGAAGGACAGACCCACACCCGGGACACCUCGGCUGAUUUAUAUUCUUGGCAGGUAGACAUGCAAGAGACCAAUGGAACCUAUAUCAUAGACGCCUCUGAUCCUGCCUGCUCGAAUUGGCUCAGAUUCUUCAAUGCUCCAUCUUCAUACGAACAGGAAAAUGUGGUCCCCGUGUCAUGUGCUGGGACCAUCUUCUAUAUGGCUUCACGUGACAUCGAACCUGGAACGGAACUUUUGGUGUGGUACGGGGACAGUUAUGGAAGAUAUUUAGGGGUAAACCGUAUCCACCCGGAGAAUGACCUUAAUGGCUCAUUUGCAUUUCGAGCAAAUGUGUUAACGUUUGACGACAAUGACCGACUCAUAUUUGAUAACUGGGCACCUGUUACAUACCAAAACUGGUUCCUAAACACGGAGGACGAGGCCGACACACCGGUUGACCACAUUUUCGGUCUCCUGCUGACAUAUCAUCACGACGAGCAAUGGCGAUGGGUGGCGGAGAGGAACUACUCGUAUUACACUGGAGAAGAAGGACUGAAACUUCCGUUCAUUUGUGAGCAUUCGCCAUUCCACGUUGAACCGGGAUGAUGUUUGUAAAUUCAAUACAAUCAGAUGUGUGAUUGAUGUCUAUAUGCUAUUGAAUAAACCUUACAAAGUCACUAUAGU